AUGGUGCUUUUCGGGAGAACCAUGGCCACUUUUCGAUUGGCCCUCAUCCAGCUUCAAGUUUCUUCCAUCAAAUCAGAUAACCUCACUCGAGCUUGUGGCCUUAUCCGGGAGGCAGCUAAACAAGGAGCCAAAAUUGUGUCUCUGCCUGAAUGUUUUAAUUCUCCAUAUGGCACAAAAUAUUUUCCUGAAUAUGCAGAGAAAAUUCCUGGUGAAUCUACGCAGAAGCUUUCUGAAGUAGCAAAGGAAUGCAGCAUAUAUCUCAUCGGAGGUUCCAUUCCUGAAGCAGAUGCUGGGAAAUUAUAUAACACAUGUGCUGUAUUUGGGCCUGAUGGAAAUAUACUGGUAAAACACAGAAAGAUCCAUCUGUUUGACAUUGACGUUCCUGGGAAAAUGACAUUUCAAGAAUCGGAAACAUUGAGUCCUGGUGAUAGUUUCUCCACAUUUGAUACUCCUUACUGCAAAGUGGGCCUGGGCAUCUGCUACGACAUGCGCUUUGCGGAGCUUGCACAGAUCUAUGCUCAGCGAGGCUGCCAGCUGUUGGUAUAUCCUGGUGCUUUCAAUUUGACCACUGGACCAGCCCACUGGGAGUUGCUUCAGCGAGGCCGGGCUGUGGAUAAUCAGGUAUACGUGGCCACGGCUUCUCCGGCCCGGGACGACAAAGCCUCCUACGUGGCCUGGGGACACAGCACUGUGGUGAAUCCCUGGGGGGAGGUCCUUGCCAAGGCUGGCACAGAAGAAACAAUUGUGUAUUCAGACAUAGAUCUGAAGAAGCUGGCUGAAAUACGUCAACAGAUCCCCAUUUUUAGCCAGAAGCGAUCAGAUCUCUAUGCAGUGGAGGCAAAAAAGCUCUAAAAUUUCCAGCCUAUCACAGAAUAAGAAGAUAGGAUUCUGCAACAUAAUCAACUUCCGACUGAUUUUUUU